GCAGCAUCUUGUUCUCGACGACGACGAUCUCCUCGUGAACAUUCGUGCAGUAGUAGACUGCUAGAGUCCUCUGCACCCGAAAUCCAUCAAUCUCAGCGAACCUAAAGCAUACAAUGGCCGCUCCUCAAGUCCUCCCUCUCCCUCACGGCCAGAUUCCCAUUACAUCUCAUGCAUUCAACGCAGACCGUAGUCGUACAGGUCGCUGUAAGUUUGAACUCCAACGAUGUCACCAUCUUCCAUCGCCAAGGCCAGGAAUGGGCUGCAGGAGAGACUUUAUCCGAGCACGACAAACUCAUCACUUCAAUCGACUGGGCCCCCAACUCCAAUCGCAUCGUCACCUCCUCUCAAGACCGAAACGCCUACGUCUGGUCCCUAACCCCCGACCCACAAACCGGAACCACAAUCUGGAAACCGACUCUAGUUCUCCUCCGUAUCAAUCGUGCAGCCACCUUUGUCCGUUGGUCUCCCAACGAAGAUAAAUUCGCCGUCGCCAGUGGUGCGAGAGCGAUUGCGAUCUGUUCGUUUGAUCCGGAGGGUGAUUGGUGGGUGAGUAGGUUAUUGAAGAAGCCCAUAAGGAGCACAGUCUUGAGUCUGGAUUGGCAUCCAAACAAUGUGCUCCUUGCAGCGGGGAGUGCGGAUAUGAAAGCAAGAGUAUUGAGUGCUUAUAUCAAGGAUGUUGACAAGCGUCCCGCACCUACCGUCUGGGGUGAAAAGCUCCCCUUCAACACCAUCUGCGGCGAAUACACCUCUCCCUCCGGAGGCUGGGUGCACUCCGUCGGGUUCUCUCCAAGCGGAGACGUCCUAGCCUUCACCUCUCACGACAGCACCAUCUCCAUCGUCUACCCCGCCCACGGUCCCAACGCCAUCCACACCAUCAAACUCACCCAUCUCCCCCUAGUCACACUCACCUGGACAAGAGAAGACGAAAUCAUCGCUGCUGGGCAUGAUUGUCAACCGUUCGUAUUCAGAGGUGGGGAAGCUGGGUGGGAGCUUGCUGGGACUUUGGACGAUAAUAAACAUGCGGGUGGAGGUUCGACGGGUGUAGGUGGAGGACGUGGGUUCGGUGCAGCAGGUGCGGGUGCGGGUGCAUCGCCCGUUGGUCGGUUGAGCAGCGCAGCAUUCACUACGUUCCGAAACGCCGAUACUCGUGGGUUUGCUUCUAUGGCUAGUUCACCGACGUCGCCAGGCGGCAGUGGCGGGCUUCCAAGUGCAGGUGGAGGAGGGGAGAGUGAGAUUUUCACGCUUCAUCAGAAUACGAUCACCGAGGUUAGGGUGUAUGAAGGUGUUCCUGGAGAUGUGAGGAAAGUCAGUACAAGUGGUGUGGAUGGGAAACUUGUUGUUUGGGAUGUGGCGAAUGUGAGUCCUCUAGGUGCUGCUGGGUUGUCGGGGAAGUUGGGUGGUAUGCAUAUCAGGUAGAAGGAAUAUUUUCACCAGAUGGUGGUUUGCCUGCUGAGGAGGACUUGUGAUAACUGACGUAGGAGUAAUCUCGAUGAUAAUGGAUGGGACGUGUACACAUACAUUCCGAAGGCAUAUAUUACAACCAAGAAAGUUUCUUUCUUCCCUUCAACGGAUACAACGUAAUAUGCCAAUGGCAUUACAAGUACAAUAUAAGAGAACUACCAACGCACAUAUCCCUUGUACAACCCAUGUACGCUUCAUCAUCCCUCGGGAUCAUUGCACAAGUAUCAUCUUCAAGACUUGGCACCACUCCCACUUCCACCGGCACCAGCCCCACCACUUUUCUGAAGUUUCGACAAGUUAGGUUUCGGCGCAGAAGCCAUAUUAGCAGCUCUCUUCUCCUUCUCGCGUUUCGCCCACCGCAAGCCGCAAGCAUUGCAAAGAGUCUUGGGUCCCGACGGGCCCUUGCGCCAUUCAGGUGAAUCCGUCCUCCCGCAAGUCAUACACACAUACUGCUCAGGCAUAUACACCUUCCUAGC